AUGGCUCAUGUUAUCUUUUAUGGCGGUUAUUUUUCUGUCUGGCUUAUGUUGGUGCUUUUGUUGUGGAACGUAAGUAUGUUACGCAACACAAGAUUACUCAAAUUUACUCGCGAUGGCGACGAUUAUCGACCAUGGAAACAAGUAUCACGGCAAAAUGAAGAAGAGUCGUGGCAUUUGCAACCUUGGGAUGAAGAACAUGAGGAAGACGAAAAUGAACACAUGACUUAA